AUGGAAGAAAAAAAACCGCUCCGUGAAGAGUGCAGUGUUGCUGUUAAUAAAUUAGCGUCUUUUAAGCUGCACAUCAGUGAUGCUUAUUUAUUUAUGAGGCCUGAGAUAGAUAAGUGGGGAACUGGCAUAAAAGCUCUAGAGUGUGCUCUGAAAUUAGAAGACCAGUUAACCAAGCUCCUGCUAGACCUGAAGACCACAGCUUCUGUCAACAAAGAAUAUGAUUUAUUAUGCUUCUUGGGAAAGUUCCUGGAUGAACAGGAGGAAAACACAGACAACCUGAAAAUCCAGCUAAGAUGUCGUAAAAGAUUAGAAAAUCAGGCCAAGAAGGAGAAAGACCCAUUGAAAAAGCCUGCUGACAUGUUAGGUAAAUAGACCUAACAGCUGAAGGCAACAAAGCAAGUCUUCCCAUUGUAGUAGGUCCCAAAAUCAGCUGCUUAGA